AUGACAAAUGGUGCUAAAAAAAAUUUAACUCAACAAUUAGAAAGUAUACAUCGUCUACAUACAUAUUAUAGAAAUUCUAUUCUAUUAUGUAAAGUUCCAACACAACCUCCAGCUGAUGAUAUGGAAGUAUUGCGUUGGAAUAAAAUACUAGAAAGAAAUGCUCAACAAGUUGCAAAUAAAUGUGACUUAAGUCUUGAUUUAGUCAAUGAUAAAUCAUUGGAUCAAUUUGAAUCAAUCGGUCAAAAUGUCGCUGAAGCGGAUACAGUUGAAAGUGCAAUGGAAAAUUGGUUCCGUGAAUAUAAUAAUUAUACAUAUGCCACGGAUAUAUGUACUGCAAAUUGUUCAAAUUAUAAACAAAUGGUUUGGGCUUCGACUAAACAUAUUGGAUGUGGUCUAAAUAAUUGUAACAAAAAAUUAAUGAUUGUUUGCAAUUAUUCUCCAUCAGCUGAAGAUAAAGGUAGACCUUAUGUAAAAGGAGAUGAAAGUCAAUGUUCAAAAAAUGAUUAG